AUGUCUCAAUGCACUUUCAAUCUCUAUAAUUACCCCGAUCUACAUAUCCUAGUCAGUGGACAACCUCAUUAUCGUCAGUUACUCGAUGACAACAACCAAGUUAUCGGUGAAUGGUUUAAGUUUAUGUAUCUUGACCAAAGCAAUAUCGGCAAAUUCAGUGAUCCUGAAAUUCUCCGUAUUCAUAAAAAUCUUGCUGAAUACGUACGUGGCAAUUUCGAUUACGGAUUGCAGAAAUGGGAGUCAGGUUUCCAGAAAUUCGAUCACCAUAUGACCGGUAACCGUGAUGGUCUGAAUAUCGCCUAUAUGACUGGAAUCGUACUUCAAGGUUCUUAUGUAGCGGCCCCUGCUGUACAUUCAACUUAG